AUGCAGACGCACUACACGGACAGGCGGCAGACCGCCCCCCCACCCCCUACCAGCCUCUGUCCCCUCCCACCGGCGUCCCCCGCCGCGUCUGGCGGCCACACCUGCAUUAAACGGGGGGAGGUCCGUCCGGUGAGCAGCCGGGAGGACCGAGCCGUGCGCGGGGAGAGAGAAUAUGAGAGAGAGGCGGCGGCUCACCGGGGAGGACGCAGCGUAUCCGAAACGCCGUGUUCUGUAUCUGAUCGUCUGGAAGUGAGUGGAGGUAUGCACCGACGGAAGGCUCCGAGACUUUGUGGCCGCGCACACUGGCCGGGGAUCAGGAGGAAAGGGAGCCGCGCGGAGCCCAGGCAGCCGGGGAGCAGAGCCCAGAGCGCAGAUGACUGCUGUCUCAACGAAGAGCUAAACUGGAAAUUCUGCCAUCGCUUGGAUCCUCUGCUUUAGAUAUUGAAUCAAGAAGGACAAAUUGCAUCCACUGAGUGUGAGAUAUAAAGAACCACCCAAACAUAAACACCAGACCGGAGAUAUUAUUCACAACCGAACGGGUAAAGCUGCAAUACACUGGGCUCAGUCAAGUCUUUAAGGGAAAUAAGGCUGGGAAUAAGGCUAUCGGUUGGAUUCUGCUUUCCCUGUGGUGGCAUCAUCCUUACCAGCAGGCUGGGAGAGGCGGCAGUAUGUCAGAACUGGACAACUUUCCUCACCUGAAUGGAGCCAGAGGCCCAGAUCUGGACCUAAACGGACCGGCGGACCCGGCCCAGAUUCAGCACAGCAUCCUGGAGGAGCAGGUGGAGCUGUGGUGGUUCAGAGACCCGGGGAAGUCUCUGCUCUGCUACUGCGUGGCCGUGCUCCUGAUCCUAGGCUGCGGACUGGGCGGCGUGGGCCUCCUCUCAACCACCACCAGUGUGUCCAGCGAAUGGCGGCUGGGCGUGGGCACCACUCUGUGCCUACUGGCCUUAGGAGUCCUGCUCAAACAGCUGCUCAGCUCGGCUGUGCAGGACAUGAACUGCGUCCGCAGCCGACAGCGUAUUGACAUGCUCAAGAGUGGCGGAUUGUCCGACCUUCUGGUGGUUUUAAUUACGGGGCUGUCGCUGUUAAUUUGCGGAGGGGUUCUCCUACAUCUGGCCCUGGUUAACCACAUGCCAAAGCCCGGACAGGCCCUUAAUGACAUGUACAUCUCUGGAGUGGUUCUGCUGGCUGGAGGGGGUGCAGCAGUGCUGGGUGUAGUGGUGUACACCGUCGUGGUCGUCUUGCUUGAGAGGACGAGGCAUGGACGAAGGCUCGUGGAUCAGGUUUUUAAUAUCUUUACAGUUUCAGGACACAUGGACCGCCAGGCACGCCGAGAGACCGCCUCCAGCUUGGCUAACCUUAUAUGAGAUGAAACCCUACCCAAGCUGUACAUUGUGACUUCUGUCUCUCGUUGAUUACUUCAUGCCCAAUUAUUUCAAGAAAACUGAGAAAAAAAAAAGAGUUAUACAUGACAUACCUCAACCUCAAAUGUGGAUGUAACAAAAGUAAUUGAACCAGGAACAUUUGCUUUGUGGUCGUGCUAGCAGUAGACAGUGAAAUAUCAGUCAAUGUGUGUUUAGUAAAUCCUAAACAUGUGGUGGCGAGAUAGUGAAGUUAGCUCUGGUGUAGCAAAAAUAAACAGAACGACAUGGAGAGGACUUACAAAAGGCGACAUUUGAGGUGUUUUAGGAUAUACAGAGAUUAAAGGUAGGAUUUGAAGUUGGAUACAGCACAGCUGUCCGCAAUUGAACAAAACUAAACCAGUGGGGGAUAAAUCUACGAGGGAGCAAGUAUCUUCUGUUUUUGGUUGAACUAAAGAAAAUGACGAAGAAAUUUCCGCCUUCUGCAGAUGUAUCUAAUCUUAAAAGCUUUUAAAUUAAUCUUGCAGACAGCACAUUUAAGAAAGUGUUCCAUCUGUAAUCUGUGCUGUCAAAGUGACCUUGUUUUACAUUUGUGAUCACUUGCUCAAUGAUUGUAGGCUGAUGUGGAUGGGACCACGACCCUAAAUAAAACUAGUAAUAUGCAAAAUCACUAAUGUAUAAAACAACAUAAAUAUGGCCCAUCCUCUUUUUGUCCAUGUUUACAUGAAAUAUAAGACAAAUUCAGCUGGGGGUCUUUGAUAAAAAGGUUCAGUGAGAUUAAAUUGAUUUCUAAGUCGCAUAACAUUUUGAAAUAAUAAUUGCAGUGCAACUAUUGUAUUUUGUUUUAUGUAGUUUCACUUUUAACAGACUGUCAACACUUGCCUAUGUCAGGUUGCCCUAUAUGUGGGACAGGAGACAACAUGAUUGUUGAACAAUUUCCCAGUAUCAUGAGACUUCAGAAUGUAUGGAUAGUUUGUCUGAUGGAGUAUCCAAAUAGUAUUGUCUAAAUUGUGAAACGUGGAGCACUUUGUUUAAUUUAAUCCAGUGUUAACAAUGUUUUUGAUACUGUCACUGCAUGAAAUAUUAUCUGUGUAAUUCGAAACGAUCGCUCGUUAUGUGAAAGUCAUGAAAAAAGAUCAAGCAAACUUGUUUUCAGCGCACUGUUUUUACUGUAAAGAGUGGUUUUGUUUUUGUCUGUCAGAAGUUUCAUCGCAGUUCAGAAACAUCCACAUCUACAGUACAUCAAGUUAUUAAAUGACAAAGUAGCACAUAUCUGCCUUUGUAAAAUGGAGCAGAUUGGUAAUAAAUAAUAAAUUAAAUCAAUGAUUAAAAAUCAUUGUGGAAGGAAUAGUUACAGGAACCAAAACUAAGGGGGAAGAGAUCAAUUAAGAUGACACACACUUAUCAAAUCAUCCACUCCCCUUUACUCUAUCGGCAAAUAUACUUCCUUUACAAAAGCAUAUAACUAUUUAAACAGAAAGGUUAUCUUUCUCAAUUGGCAAAAAGUGGUAUUAUAAAUCAUCAUUCUUUAAGCGGUGAAAAGAACAGUUAUGAAAACAAAAGAUAAAUGGAACCUUGAAGUGAUUUGGUUCCUCAGAGUGUUCAUCACUCUGAUGGGCAGAACUGAGAUAGUGACUGGAGCAUGUUUGUGACAGCGUGGCCUGUGCCUGUUCAUUCUCUGUGGAAAAUCAUUUUGCAUUUCAUUUUACUGAGGUCAAUGCACAGAUGUUGUCUACAAGCUACUGGAAUGGUGAUUUUCUCAAAAGAUGCUUGGAUUAUAAAAAUAGGAUUCAUUUAAAGAGACACUAUCUGUAACUGCUUUGACCAGCCAUGAGUGCCCACAGUCAUGGUGGGCUGGCUGUGAAACGCUAUUUGGGAUCUGACGAAAGAACUACGGCAGCUGCAUAACUCUGAAUUCAGCUGUUAGAUAUACGACUACUUUGCUGUUAUUGAUAAGAUCAAGCUGUGGAGCACGAGCAGAAUGUAGGAACGCUUUCUGGAUAUUAGUCCGGUUUUUAGAAAUUUGGUUCUGUUUUCAGUCUAAACUUUCACAUGUUUUAAAGUCCCAUAUUAGUCAGACUUACACAGAGUGCACAUACCUUUUUAAAGUGGCACGCAAACAUGCUUACUUCUGUCUCAAGGAAAAUUUCACACCCUUUUGAGACUCCUUACUAACAUGCAUCUUUCCAGAGAGUCCCCCCUCUACACAAAACUCUUAAAUAUAACUACCUUGUCAACAGCACAACCUGCACCUUGAUACUAAUCUGCACAUCGACAGAUUUAGCCAGACUAAAAGCAAAACCGCUGGGAUGAUUCUCCUCCCCAAUGCGUCUGAUUGCCUGUGCCGGGGAGCUGUGAUCAACUCACAGGUGCAUCCAGUUUGAGCUUGAGCCACCUGCUCAAACACAUAUCACAUUCUCAUUAUUCUAAAGGUUGUUUUUUUUCCUCCAAGAUCAGAAUUAUGACUAAGGUGGCCUUGAAGCAUUAGAAUUAAGCAAGAUCAUUUAUUUUAAGUUGGAUCAUUUACUGAUUGCUGAAGUCAGUUCUAAAAGUGAAGCCACUUCAUUGUUCAUCUUGGGAUAGAUUACAUCUAUAAACUCCAUCGUUGGAAUAAAGUAACCGUGCUGUGCCAGUGAUGUCACAGUUGCCAACCAGAUUGACUUUUCCUGUGAGUAUUCAAUAACGAAUGAAAAGGCUUGUGGUUCCAAACACAAACCGUUUGUUUAGGUUCCAGAUGACAACUGGUUCAUGAGUUCAAAAAUACAUUUUCACUUUCACCAAGCUGCAUUAUUAGAAGUUAUGUGUGUAGCGUGAAUUUAUUGGAGGCUUUUCUGUAAUAAAUAAGGGAUCACAGUCAGUUAAAUUAAAAAAUGUAGUCAGGGCACAUGCAUCAACUCAAAGAGGAUUGUCGGUCUGCUCAGAAAUGAGAUAUAUCCACAUAGUGCCGACACAAAUGCAUCUAUAUAUCUAGGCUUUCCUUUUUUAUAAAUGUUAGAAAUGUUCAUUUUGGAAAGAUAAAAUGAUCUACUUUUUGGAAAUAUCAAAUGGAUCCUGCUAAGAUAUUAAAGAAGUUAUCAGUUGACAGUUAAGUUUGUGAAUUUUACAAAAUCUCGAGCCUCGUUUCUUACAUCAAAUCAUAAAAAAACGUCAUGCAUUUUGUUCCAUUUGAGUGCUUAUGUAAGUCACGCCUCUUAUCUGUCU